AUGGAGGAAUGGAUGGAAGGCGAAGACUAUUGGAGAUUUGCUCUAGUUAGCCAUGUUAUCGGCUUAAAUGUCAGGUUUAAAUCUAUGGAAGCUUAUGUCAAUAAAUUGUGGGGGAGUAUCUCUAUUCCUGAGAUUCAUCUAAUUAAACCUGGUGUUUUUCUCUUUGAUUUUCAAACGGAAAAACAAAUGUUUGAUGUCUUGGAAGCUGGCCCAUGGUUCUUUGGUUCAAGGCCUCUUGUCCUUAAACCAUGGAGCAUUGAAAUAGAUAUGGAUACGAUUCAGGACUCCUCUUACCCUUUAUGGGUUCAAUUUCCUAACUUGCGACUGAAUCUUUGGAGCUCUACUGGGAUCAGUAAAGUGUCUAGCCUUAUUGGCAAACCUAUAACCACAGACAAAUUAAUUGCUACUAGGAAGAGGAAAUCUUAUGCCAGAGUCUUAUUGGAAGUGCAAUUGCCUCUAACAUCUCCUCUACCUGAUCAGGUUGUAAUCCAAGGGCCAAAUGGGAAGUGCCACAAUCAAAAAGUUAUAUAUGAAUUCAAGCCUAGAUGGUGUGAUACUUGUAAGGCUAUUGGUCACUCUACUGAGCAAUGCGGAAAGAAGAAUGGUAAAAUGAGGUGGAUGCCUGUUAAUAGAAAUGCUAAUAGAAAUGUUGAUGCAAAUGCUGGGGUAAAUACUCACAAAUCUGUUACAAAUGUUGCUCCUAAUAUUGGUACUAUUUCUGGUGUUUCCAGUAUUGAAGUGAAUUCUGAUGCUAAUUCUAAAUUGCAUGCUGAUAAUAUAUCUGUGCCUAUUAUUGCUCCACAUAUUCACCAAGAUCCUGUUAUUAAGGAAGGCUCUGGGAUUCCUGGAGGUUAUGAUGCACAUGCACAAACAGUUACUGCCAAGCCUGGAAUUGCAAGUGCUCUCCCUAACUAUCAAUUCUCAUCUCCUGUUGUUAAUGUAACAGGUUUCACUAGUGUUGUCAGAGGUAAAUCUAUAAGAAAAUCUGGUGGAGUAACAAAUGAUAAAGGAACAUCAAAAUCAGUGGAGGCUAUACCAUUUUUUCAGGUAUCACAAUUUUCCCCCUUAGAUCAUCAAGAGCAUGAUUUGGACCCCUCUAGCAUAGAUAGGGUUGGUUCAAAGUUUUAA